GUGGCUGUUUUAAUGCAAUAGUGUCAUUAGCUGGCUGAAGACUAAACAUGAGAAUAGCAGGUGCUGCAAAGUUGGUAGUAGUCAUAGCAAUAUUUUUAUUGACGUUUUAUGUCAUAUCUCAAGUGUUUGAAAUAAAAAUGGAUGCAAACUUAGGACACAUUUUUGCUAGAUCAGCAUUGGAUGCAGCUGCACGCUCUACAAAACCUCCAAGAUACAAGUGUGGAAUCUCUAAAGCUUGUCCUGAAAAGCAUUUUGCAUUCAAAAUGUCAAGUGGAGCAGCGAAUGUAGUUGGACCCAAAAUUUGUGUAGAGGAUAAUGUUUUAAUGAGUGGAGUAAAAAAUAAUGUUGGCAGAGGAAUAAAUAUGGCCUUGGUCAAUGGUAAAACAGGAGAAUUACUGGAUACUAAGUUCUUUGACAUGUGGGGAGGAGAUGUGGCACCACUGAUUGAAUUUCUGAAGACCAUCCAGGAUGGAACGAUUGUGUUAAUGGCAACAUAUGAUGAUGGUGCAACCAAGCUUAACGAGGAAGCACGGAAACUGAUCGCAGAAUUGGGAAGCACAUCCAUUACUAACCUUGGCUUCAGAGACAACUGGGUCUUCUGUGGUGGUAAAGGAAUUAAGACUAAAAGUCCAUUUGAACAGCAUAUAAAGAAUAACAAGGACACAAACAAGUACGAAGGCUGGCCAGAAGUUGUUGAGAUGGAAGGCUGUAUCCCUCAGAAGCAAGAGUAAAUGAAAACAGAAGAAAAGGAAAAAGAAUAUGGAAGAAAAUGCACUUUCUGCUGUUAUUAGAGAGAGAGGGCUAUGAAGGAGACUGUACUGUAAAAUUUUUUUUUAAAGCAUGCAGCCAUCUUGUCAGUGUGUGCAUGAGCACUGACAUUUUGAAUAUUGGGAUUAUUUAUUGCUAACACACAUAAAAAUUCUUUUUGUAAAUAAGUCCAAAAUAAAAGAAACAUCCAAUCAUUUCUAUGCAGGUUUCUUAAAAGCACAGUAUUUAGUUUGCCUGUGGUAAAUAAUACUUGUAGAUAACUGGCUAAUAAAUUAUGUAUGUGGACAAUAAAGAGAUUGUGACAAAUGUACUGUCCUCUUAACAGUGCAAUGUUGCUGUGACUAUGUUAACUUGGUGGAAUAUUGUAGAUUUUAGUAAUACGUUAAUAAGGAGCUUUAAUUUUUGGUUUUUUUAUCCUCUGCCUUUUUAAUGGCAGCAUCAAUUUUUAUUAAAUCUAUUUGGUUAUUCUAA